AUGGCCAAGGCCUGUGCGGUUGCCGGGAGGCCCGCCGUCCUCGAGCGCAUCACCCAAUGGGAAAGUGUGGUCAACACCCUGAAGGCAGCCAUUGCGGUUGCGACGUGGGACGACCCACAGGUGCUCUUGCGAGAGAUGGAGGGAUGCCGCCUACCCCUGGCGAAUAUCGUCGAGCCGAUGCUGGGUGGUGGCAAUGCUGAAGGGGCAUACGACACGCUCGCGGAGGUCUACAAGAACACGCCCGAUGGGUUCUUGGCCAUGUGCCCCUACCCGCCGGGAGGCGAGGUCGACCUGCUGAUCGUAUCAGACUCAUCUCUUGCUCUGGUACCUGACCCCCAAGCAGGGAAGGCUUCGUGUUUUUCCGGAGGCGAUCUUUUGAAGCCCUGGGGAGACAUCCGUGGCAUUUACACAAAAAUGUUGUGGGGCAAAGGUUUGAACCACAUGGUGCAGUACAUCCCCGAGGCCAUCGAUGACAUCGAGUCCACCAAUCGUGCACAUGGUCGCCCGGUUUUGCCGGUGUUGGUCAUAGUGGGGUGGGCCGGCAAUGAUGUGUUUGGCGAAGGGGGUUACAGAGGUGUCCAUUGGAUCCACAGGGCUGCCUACAACAAGUCUGCUGCCGACCGGGAGGUCACGGCCAACUGGUGUGAACGGCAAAAGGCAAGAGUCGAGCGGUCCGUCAACGAACUGGGCCAGCUCAAACGUGAUGAGCCUCGGAUCCUGGACAUCGUGGUCGUUGGGAACGCUGACGCGGAAAUCUUUGCUCUCCCGUCAGCCUACAAUGAGACCAUGCGGGUCCACAUCAGGGCACUUCGAGAGGACCAUGGUAUUCAAACUUUGGACACCACCUUGAUGCUUGCCAGAACUGUGAGAUAUGACAAGGUGCAUUUGGAAGACGACGACAUCAACCGGAAGUAUGUCACCAACUUCCUCCAAGCCGUCGCUGAUUGCCACCUUGCCUACCUCAAGCUCAUCAGCGUCGACGAUCACUUGAGAACGCUCCCAAGAAUUGACGAUCUCCAGGAGCAGAAGAACUACCCGAACCUCACCAUCCUCAAGGCCGCGUACCAGCUUGAAAUCGAUUCGAAUGUAUCCUCUCCAAAAGAUCUUCCUCAGCGACCUGAUCCUGAGAAGCUCAUGUUGGAUGCAGAUGUCGAGAUUUUCAACUGGGUGCUUCAAGCUGAGGAGAGCGCCACAGCCUCUGCCGACCGGGAGGUCGAGUCCUGGUUGCGUGACAUUCCUGAAGAGGACCAGGCAUUGGAACCAAUGCACCAUGACAACGCUGAUUCGGACGAUGAGGCUGUCAAAGUUCAGGCCCUCACCAUGGAUGAUCGAAUUUUGGCGAGGCGAAAAGGCCUUUCAGAGGAGCACGACCAAGAAUGGCAAGAUGCCACCUAUGCGGCUGAGGAUGAAGACGAGGACUUCAAAGGGUGGGACCUCAUUGAGGAUGACAAACGCCCGCCGGGAGUCGUGGCCAGUGACCCAGUACAUGAAGAGGAAAAGGAGCUGGACCUUGACGACCUCGAGACGGUGGCUUCGGUGGAGAUUGUCGAUGAAGAGGAGUUCCACGACGCUGAGGAGGGGCAGGCAGAGCCGAUUGAUGAUGAUGACGAUGACGACAUGGCCGUGAUCGACAAGGUCUCUUCUAUGCAGGCCUCGAAGUCUGAUGCACGGGGGGACCCGGAGCCCAUGGAUGUUGAUGAUCAGGGCAACAAGAUGGUCCAGAGUACGGCAUCGGCGAAGACCUGGAAGACGGAGAUGGCCCAGAGCUCGUCAUCGGCAAAGACGUGGAAAACUGACAUGGCUCAGAGCACCUCAUCUGCAAAGACAUGGCGAACUGACACCACUGCAGCUGCGUCGGCGGGAGCCACGCCUUCUGACCCGACGUCCAAGCUCAAGCCCAAGAAGAAGGCCAUGCCAAAGAGAUUGAAGGUUGUGGAUGAGGGACAUGGGCCAAGUGCUGAACAGUUUGACACGUCGAAAUUUGCCUCAGCACAGGAUCUGGUUUGGAUUGAGCCGGACAACAUGGCAGGAGUUCCUGUGCGCAAGGUGGACUACGGCAGGCUUGGAUCAAUUUCCCAUGCUAUGUCCGACUACCUCCGUGGCCAUCGAAUGUUUCACAGGAGGCCAUCACCUGAGAUUCGGAGGACUGAUUUGUCAAUGGACUUCAAGGCAUUGGUGAGGCAUCUCCAAGGAGAUUUUGCGCACCUUCGAGAAGAAGAAGUUUUGAUGGUUGUGCGCAACUCUCCGAUGCGUCGCUUCAGAGUCCAGGUGAACGGCUUGUCGUCCGGAAAGCUCAGGUGGACGCCAGUGAGGAUCAGGGCCAUUCAGGGUCAUCGGGCCUUUCUCGUGGAGCAAGGGGGGAUGUCAAGCAUGAUCAAAACGAUGUUCACUUUUGAUGAGAACUUCGACCAGACCAAGAUCGACGACCCAACGGUCCACCCCGCAUUCUCCGCGAUGCCGGAAGGCUCGCCUGCUUACCAGGAAGUCCUCAAGCAGGCCAAGGCCGAGUUUGAUCCGACGGAUAUUCUCAUGAGCCGCAUGGAAAUGUUGAUGGAAAAUGCCCAGUUGAACUUUGAAGGCAUCAAAGAGCGCAUUGAGUUCGGCAAGCUCCUCCCCUUUUCCAGGCGUGAAGACAUUGAAGUCGAAAAGAGUACUGCCACCCGGGAGGGUGAGCCGGCAUCAGGUUCUCAGCUGGUGUCCGGCUACACCUUUGGAAAGAUGGCCGCCAUGACAAGCACGGAUGCCUGUGGCUUCCAACGUCGUGGACGGAAUGGACCCGGUGGUGGAAAUUGGAGUCGAGGGCAAGGUCGACACGGAUUUGAGUUGCAAUUCAAGGACAUUUCCUACAACCAGAUCCAAGACACGCCUCAGGUACGUUGUGGCCAUCCGAUCUGUGGAUAUCUGAUGGUGGAUGGACAUUUGAAAUGCCCGCGCUGCUCCCGGCAGAUGGAACCCGUGACCGAUGCCAACAUCGCCACGGAAGUUGCCCGCCGGGAGGCGAUGGCCCGUACCAGAGGAGUGCCCUUCUCCAUGGACAAGGUGAUCUUCAACCACCCGCGAAGAGGCAGAGUAGCCAGGCAGCCGGAGAAGGGAUCAUCAUCUUCUUCGACAGCCAUCCGGACCAGAAGCACCUAUGGCAACUUGAGAGACAUGGCCAAGAACUACGUCAGAUCUUUCAAGAAAAGGGGCUUCAAAGACCUUGUUGACCGACUCGUCCGCGACCCGUUCUUUCAGUUCAAUGCGGCGAAUCAAAACUUGGUGCCGGAGGCCUUGCUCUUCAUUGAGCGUUUGGCUGGCUGCGUGAGCCCGACCAUUGAGCGCACCAAAGCUCAGGUUCUUGGUGAAAAGCUUGAGAUGGCCACCAAGUUGAUCUUUGUGCCAUCGUCGGAGCAGGAGCCCGACCAACCCUUGGAUCUUCACACCGAGGUGUUUGUGUCGCAUCGGGGCGUCUUUCUCGACAUUGGCCAAUUCGCAGUCUACGUGGCGAAGUUCAUCAAGCCAAGGCAAAGACCUCUACCCAUUGUUUAUGGAUGGGGCAAUCGUGACUUUGUGCCUGAUGCUUCAGAUGCCAAAGAGAUCGCGAAAGAAUUGGUGGAGUUCAGCAAGCUGCAAUGGUCGAACUUUGCCUCCCAACAGACGCACAAGGAGUCUGAGACCACCGGCGACGACCGGGAGGUCAGUCUUCCUCAUGCAAGUGCAGCCAUCAGCCGACCUGAACAUGAACGACCCCAUCACGAGCAGUUUGAACCGAAUCUUGGCAAGCCUGCUCGCGGCGGUCCUUACGGCCAGGGUGGUGGUGGUGGAAAAGGUCAUCACAAAGGUGGAGGACAGACCAAAGGGAAGGGACAGCAGAAGGGGAAGGGCAAGCAAGGCAGAAGCCCACCGGGAGGUGUGGCCUACGGUGACUUUGAAGGAGAUUCCUUCUGGGUUCAGGGCUAUCGCUACACGUGGUACUGGAAUCAACAGCGAGGCUGGUACUGGCGCUGGACCUGA